AUGGAAGAUAAAAUAAAUAAACUUUUUGCUUUAUUCAAUGAUUUCAAGAAUCAGCAACUCUUUAGCUUGGCUUUGGCUCAAAUAGUGAAUGUGUAUAAUGAUUACCCUGCCUGUUUGUAUUAAAUAUUAAGAAAAACAAACAAAUUAAUAUAUUCAAGAGCCCAAGAUCCUCGUCUUCGUUUAGAGCAUUCUCAAAUUGCUGCUGCAAUUAUUGAAAGAACAUACAAGAUCUACAAUGAACGACUUGAAGAAUAUUUGUUAUCAUCAUCUAAUGACUCUAUCCCUGAAAACUUGUUUCAUUUUGAACCAAUAUUGGAUCAAUAAGCAGAGGAUGCUAUGCAGUAAGAGUAAAUUCGUGAUUAUGAAGAGAUCAAAUCAAAUAUUAAGCUAAAGAGUGAAUAAAUUGAUUUCAUCCAUCUGAUCAACGACGGGAGUGCAAUUCUCGGAAAAGACAUGAAAUACUUAAAAAGAUCACAAGAGAAUAAAAAUUAGAAGUUAGAUGAUGAAACCCUUGACAUAAGAUAAGAGGAAAUCAUGAGAUUGAUGGGUUUGUCUGGCAAUUUUAAUUUGUCAAAUGUCACCCGAUUAUUGGAAUUUAUGUAAGGAGAUGCAGAGAUACCCAUAGAUAUGAAUUCAUCCUCCGAUGAGAUUGUAGAAAGUUCUAGUGAUGACGAUGCAGUAGGUUAAUAUAAGAAGAAAAGUAAGACCAAAGGUAAAUUACCAGAAACUAAUCUCAAAAAGAAACCAUCUGCUCAAAAGAAGAAUCAAACUACAAAGUAUUGUGUAAUAAACCCUUUUAAUGUGAUUUACAAUAGAGCAGUCUAUGAAUUGAUGAAUCAUAAAUGGUAAGAAAGACAUGCAAGUGCUCUGGUUUUGAAAUCUAUUGUUAGGCAAAAAGGAUUUUUAAAUUUGGGAUUCAGCUAUUUGAUCAAAGGUGAUGAAAAGGAGAUUAAUGGCAUUUUGAGAGCCAGUCUAAUCGAAUACAUAAGUGAUAAGAAUGGAUAAUUAAACAAAUUAGAAUAUUUAUUGACUAGAUGCUGUGUAUUAAUUGUGAUGGAUCGAUUUGCAGACUACUUUGGAAAUUAAACAAUCAUGAUUGUAAGAGAAGCAGCCUGUUAAACUGCUAUUACACUUUUAACAGAUAGGAAUUACAAUACUAAUAUUUGGAUUCAUUAUCCCGAUAGUUUUAUGAAAUUUGUGCUGUUAUUGAAAGAUUUCAUCGAAGAGGGAUAGAGAGUGUAAAUAUAUGAAGUCUCUUAAAGUGCUCUAUUCUUAGUCAAAGGUUUAUUGAAGGAUCAUCUGUAAGUGAUUUUUGAUAAUUUUUCAGAAAUGCUGUUGUAGGUAGGUUAGAGAGAUAAUGAAGAUGAGAUUUUAGAAUUAUUGGCAGAUAUAUGGAAGGAAUUCCUAUCAUUAGGUUUGAAUUAGAAAUAUUAUAAUACUGUCUAUACAAUUACAAUGGAAUAACUAAAGAAACAGGAUGACAUCAGUUUUGCUGGAAAAUCUAUAUUCUAAUUUUUAAGUGCACUAUUUCAAAUAGGUUUCAAAAUACAGAAAUAAUUUUAAGGAGAAAUAGAAAAUUUAAAAAAGUUCUUCUUUCAUAGAAUUGUAGAAGUCAAAGAAUAAUUUUAUAAAUAUUUAUUGGCUUUUUCAAAGUAGCAAGCAACAAAAUAAGUUGAUGCUAGAACAAUAAAUUUUAUGAAAAUCAUAUUUUAGACUGGAGUCUUUGAAGAGAAAUUCGAGACCUUCUAAACAUUAAUGAAUAUCUUGGAACAAUUAUCCAAACAUUUAGAGGAAGAAUAACUCUAUGAAUUUAUCUAAUUUGUUCACAAUUUCUCUACUGAUCAUCAAUUUAAGAAAUACUUUUAUCUGUUUGAUGGAAUGAAAAGAGAAUCUAUAGAUAUUCAUUAUCCAAACUUGGCUCAACAAACUUCAAAUCCCAUCGACAAUUAGACAUUUAGAAUGAUUAAGACUGCUUAUUUGAUCAAAGAUAUUAAUUAUAACCAUUAAUUAACAGUUGAUUUGGAUCCAAUUAACUUUAUUUACACUUUCAGGAAUUAUAUAAAUAAUAGAAAGGAAUUAAAUUUAGAAGUUGAUAGUACACGUCAGAAUGGAUGUUGCUUUGAUGAUUUGGAUCUCAAGAUUCAGGUUUCGAUGCAAUAAUUGAAUGUGUUAUUGAAAAACUAUAUGCAAAUCGAAAAAGAACAGGAAUACUUAGCUAUCAUAUAAGGAUUUGUCAAAAUAUAUGGAGACUUUGCAAUAGCUCCAGCUCAUUCACCAAAGCUUAGAUAAUUGUAUCCUGUUAUCUUAAAUUAACUUAAGCAGUUGAGUUCAAUUGACUACGAAAUGGAUUAAGAAUCAAUUUAGAAAUUAUAAGAUACUACUUCAGAUUUGGUUUAGAACCUGUAGGCUUUUACAAAGUUGAGCAAUGAACUAAACUUGAACUUCAAGGUGUUAACUACAGAUCACACUGAAUCAUUAAUUCAAAGAAUAAGAAUAGACAAAUUUCAUUUAAUACAGGAUAUUGCAUCAGAAAGAUUAUCCAAAUAAAUGUCUUUAAAUCCAAACUGUUGUGAUUUAACAUCCCUUUAUGUUAAAUAAAGUACAUAAUAAACAGUCUAGUAUAUACUAUCUUCUAAGAAUGAAUUGAAAAGAAAGGAUUAUGGUAGAAAAAGAUUAAUUUGGCAUUUGCUAAGAAAUUAAGUAGAUUUCUAAUCUUGGCAUCUCUUUUUUGAGAGACUCUUCUUAUAGCAAUUGAAUUAUAUUCCUAGUGAUUUAAGAUUUAAUUAAACUCUAAUGACUUAAACAUCUAAAUUAACUAUAAGAGUAGAAGAUUUGAAAUAUAACUUAUGGGGGAUAGGUCUGAUUUAAAAUGCCUAUUCAUUAUUUUUGUAGAAUCCAGAACAUUCUGAUUUCGACAAAUGGGCCUAAUAUCUCUUAUCAAAACUAUUAAAUUAUUUGCCAGUAUUAAGCAAUAUAACUGAUGACGAUAAUAAUAAAAUUAUUUUAGAUGAUCUGAAGGGUGGAAUAUUAUUAGAAUUUGAUUAAACCUUUAAAAAGGUGGUUGUAUUGAAAAACACUUUACUUAAACUUUGUGCUAAGUUUAUUCAUUUUCUGUCAGUCUCAAAGAAUAUUAGUGUAUUUGAUCAAGUGAUAAUGCAAAUAAAUUAACUGAUAAAGAGGAAUGAAAAUGGAAUGUAUGAGAUUCUGAAUAUCAUUUUGAAAGAAUUUCCAAUAUCAUUAGCACCAAUAAGUGGGUUUUUAACUUUGAAAGCUAUCAAAAAAUUAACAGCAAAAGAUCCAAAUACAGCAUAAGCAGCAAGCAAAUUAUUUGGAUUUCUAGUGCCCAUCUUGACUAUCAUGGAUGUGCCAUAUUCUCCAAUAUCACCAUCUUUAAUUAAUAAAUUUUAAAAGGCGAAGGAAUUUCAAUUAGGAUUUGGGAAGAUGACUAAAGUGGAUUAUAAGGUAGAAGGUGGAAUCAAGGAUCGUAGUAUUUUAAGAGAUUAUUAAUGGGAUGGUAUUAGAUGGUUAGGAUUCUUGAUUAAGUACAAUUUGCAUGCAGCUUUAUGUGAUGAUAUGGGAUUAGGAAAAACCAUUUAAACUUUGGUAGUUUUAGCAAAUGAAGUAUUUAAAAGAAAAAAUGAAAAUUUGGUUUCCCUUGUUGUUGCUCCCAGUACUGUAGUCGACCAUUGGUAUGCAGAAACUAAAAAGUAUAUAAGUAAUGCUGUUUUGAAACCUCAUAUUUAUGAUGGAGUCUUCCAAGGCAAUCUUAUUAUGGUGUCUUACAAUUAAUUACUAAAGCUAAAUCAAAAUUUUCUUAAUUAAGAAUUUUAUUUCCUUAUCUUAGAUGAGGCCCAUAUUUUAAAGAAUAGUAAAAAUAAGACCAGCAGAGUCAUAAGGAGCUUAAAAGCAAAACACAAGAUUGUUUUGUCUGGAACACCAGUUCAGAAUCACCUUUUGGAAUUGUGGUCACUUUUUGAUAUUUUAUUGCCUAAUUAUUUGGGUGAUGAAGAGUACUUUAAACGAAAUUUCUCUAAGGCUUUUCAUACAAAUAUCUUCUCAUUAACUGAAGAUGAAAUUUUAUUUGAUGAAUAACAAAUUAAGACAUUAAGAUUGUUGCACAAAAAGGUGUUACCUUUUAUAAUGAGAAGAACUAAAUAAGAUGUGUUACCUUAAUUACCAGCUAAAAUUAUAGGAGAUUAUUAUUGUACUCUAUCAGAACCUUUACAAUCAUAAAUUUAUUAAAUUUUAGAAUCAAAUUCUUUUUCUACUGAUAUUGAAUAAUAGAUCACUAAGACUUAAGGAGAAUAAAAAAACAAAGUUUGUGAAUCUGUUCUUAAAUUAUUGCAUAAAUUGAGAUAAGCCUUAGAUCAUCCAAUAUUGGUCAGAAGUGUAAUUUUACCUAAUAAAAGACCAAAGAAAAAGGUAAAAACAGAAAAUAUAGAGAUUAUGGCUGAAUAAGAGAUAAAUUAAUUGUUAGAUAAAUAGGAGAAACCUGAAAGCUAUUCUCAUUCAGGUAAGAUGAUAGCUUUGAAAGAUAUAUUACAAUAAUUGGGAUUUCAAUCAACAGAUGAUGUUCCUUAACAAUAGACCCAAAGCGACUAAAUAACAAUUUACACAAAUUUUAAUAAGGUUUUAGUUUUUUCCAGGUUCAGAGCUGCUCUAUAACUAAUUGCUGAGUAAUUAUUGAAGGCUUAGUUUCCAGGAUUAUAAUAUUUAAUUUUAGAUGGAAGUGUUCCAUAAAAUUAGAGAUACCCUUUGGUUACCAAAUUUAAUGAAGAUCCAGAUAUUCGGGUGUUACUUCUUACUACUUAAGUAGGUGGGUUGGGAUUGAAUUUAAGUUCAGCAAAUAUUGUGAUUAUGUUCGAUCAUGACUAUAAUCCUGUGAAUGAUCAAUAGGCUAUGGAUAGGGCUCAUAGAAUAGGAUAAAAGAAUGUUGUUUAGGUCUUUAGAUUGAUUGUCAAGGACACCUUGGAAGAGAAGAUCAUGGGAAUCCAAAGAUUUAAAUCGGCAAUAUCUAAGGCUAUUGUGAAUUAAGACAAUGCAUCCUUGAAAUAGAUGGAAAAAACAGACUUAUUAUCGAUGUUAGAGUCCACUUCUUAAGGAAACAAUAAAGAGAAAAAUUCUGAAGAGGAACAAAUUGAGAAAUUAAGUGGCCCAUAUUCAAAGAUUUUAGGAUAACUUAAAUUGGAUCUAUUAGAAUAACUUAAUUUUGACAAAGAGUAUUGA